ACCACGCCGAGGGGCCCCAGCUCCCCAGGCUCCGCUCAGGACCAUGAGAGCAGGCUUCCCUGGGGACCCCCAAGGGGUGAGGAUGGCCACCCAGCCCACUCCCUGUGGCCCCACUCGGACCACUGUAUCCUCCUAGCGCCCAGGACGGCGGGGCCAUGCCAGGGGAGCGGCCCCGAAGAGCACCGCCCCCAACCAUGACCGGAGACCUGCAGCCCUGCCAAGCUGCCGGUGGCCUGGGGCGUCCCCUCCAGCCCCCCAUCGAAGACCACUCCCCAGGCAGCAGGACCACCCAAGGUUCAAGGGAAGCAGCCGGUAGGGCCCAGGCCCGGGAGCCUCCCGAGGCCCAGCCAAGGCAAGCCAGGGAGGUUGAGGCCACGGCCCUGCUCCUGAGUACCCAGGCCCCGCCCAGGAGGAGUGGUUCCCAGGCUCCCGAGUGGGCAGUGGGCGGGGCAGGCCGCAGUCCCACACGGCUCUGCAGUCUAAGCAUCACCCGCUCAAGGGCCAAACGCACCCUAGAUGCAACCCCUGAGGGCUCCCCGUGUGAGGCCACUCAGGACCCAGAAGCAGAAGGCCCCAGGGGCCCACAGACUGGAGCCCACCCCAGGCCCAGCCUCCUGGAGGCCAAGGCCCUGCCUGCCCCCAAAGGGCGCAACUCCCAAAGGUGCUUCCCGGAGGCCCCCUCCAGCCUUACCUCCACCGACUAUACCUCACCCAAGGCCACCCCAGGGCCCCUGCCUCUGAGGGUCCCCCAGAGCAGCAGGGCCAGCCCCCGUGGGCCAGCCUCCUACCCUGAGUUCCAGGCCAGGGGGGACAACGCCUGGCCUCCAGCUGCUGCAAACGACUUCCCAGGUGCUGAUUUUGGGGUCCCUCCCCCAGAGCCAGAGCCCUUUUCUGAAGGUAGCAGGCCCAGCAGCCCCCAGAGGGGCUCCUUUCAGUUCCCCUUCCCAGCCCAGGGUCCACCCAAGUCCUUCCCUGCAGACACGGCCGGGCAGGACUACGCUGGCAGGGGGCUGGUGCUUGCCUUCCACCAGCCCACAGGCACCUGGCAGGAGGCUGGCGUGGGCAUAGGUGCCGCCUACCCGCUGCCUGCCGGGCCUGCCGCCCCCACCCUCCCCUGCUACCCCAGCCAGCCGGGCGGCCUCGACGACCCCAGAGACCCUGGCGGUGCCCUCUCCCCAACUGGUGCUGCUCACCUGGCCCCAAGCCCCCUCCCUGACAGUUUGCACAAGAGCCUGACCACAGUCCUUCCUGACGGAGCCGCCUCAGCCCAUGAUGGCAUGGGGAGCCCCAGAGGGCCCCCAAACCCUCUGUCCCAAAGGCACUUUCCAGGGCAAGCAUAUGGAGCCAACGGGGUGGGCGCCAGCCCAGAGCCUGUGGACACUGAGCUGACCGCCCCGGGGCCUCCGCCCACCCGACUGCCCCAACUGUGGGACCCCACAGCAGCCGCUUACCCAACAGCUGCCGUGGGCCCCCCAGACACCACCGGGACAGCAUUCCUCAAAGGCCAGCCUGGCCCAGGCCAGGGGCUCUGCCUCCCCCAGAGCUCCCCAGUGCCCUGGCCCCAAGCGCUCCCAACCCCUGGGCCAAGCCCCCACCGAAUGGAGAUCCUGAGCCAGCUGCCAUUCCCCAGGGGCACCCCCGAGUGGCAGGGAGACAGCCAUGGAGGCCUCAGCGCUGCCUGCCAAGCAGCUCUGCCCGCGGAGGCCCUGGGCGUGAGAGGCGGCUCUCCGGGGCUCUUCCCCUACAGUGGGCCCAGUGACCCUGGGGCCCAGCCCCUGUUCUUUGGGGGAGCCCAGCCCCAGGCAUCGCCCCGAGGGGCCCCUGGCCUGCCUCCCCCCAGGGUGGUGGGCGCCUCCCCCAGCGAGUCCCCGCUGCCCUCGCCUGCCACCACCACUGCGGGCAGCAGCUCCUGCUCCUCCCUGUCUCCUCUCUCCAGCAGCCCCGCCAACCCCAGCCCUGAGGACGGCCAGCUACCCGGCCCCCUGGGGCCCUCUGCCUUCUUCCACCCGGCCCCCCGCCCCCAGGAGACGGGCAGCGCCUUCCCGUCCCCAGAGCCCCCCCACGCCCUCCCCACCCACUACCAGCUGGAGCCGGCCAAGGCCUUCGCCUUCCCCACAGACGGGCGGGGGGCCGAGGGCCCCAGGGCAGGAGAGGAGCUGCUGCAGGGCUUCCCCCGAGAGCCGCCCCCCUACCCCAGCCACCACUUCUCCCUGAGUAGUGCCAGCCUGGACCAGCUGGACGUGCUGCUGACCUGCAGGCAGUGUGACCGCAACUAUGGCAGCCUGGCAGCUUUCCUGGCCCACCGGCACUUCUGCAGGCCGGCCCGGGCAGGAGACGGCCCCCAGCAGCCCCCAGGGCCCCCUGCACCCACCACCGCCCCCAAGGCCCCCACCCACGCGCACACAGGCCCCCUCAGCCACAGUCAGACUGUCCCCUUCCUGCUAGCCAGGGACGAUCCCCUGAGGACCAGCUACCUGCCCAGCCUGGCCAACCCCUUCCCACUCCCUGCCUCAGACCUGGACAUGGAGGACGAGGCCAAACUGGACAGCCUCAUCACCGAGGCGCUGAACGGCAUGGAAGACCAGUCGGACAACCCUGAGAUAGACAGCAGCUUCAUCGACGUCUUCGCUGACGAAGAGCCUUCUGGCCCCAGAGGACCUGGAGCUGGGCUGCCCACCCACAACCGGCCAGGGGUGGCUCCAGAGCACAGUGCCCAGGACCUGCUCCCAGCCCCUUGCCCUGCGGAUGGAAGCUGCCCCCCUGGAAAUCGGCCCAAAACCCAUUCCCUGGGCCUGGCACCUGUGAAGGCAGAUGCCGCCAGCCCGGUCAGACGGCGAAGAGGGAAGCAGUUCAAGCUGCUUCGCAUAGAACUGGAGGCAGACAGUGGCCCCAAGGGGCCCUGCCUGAGGCCCAGGAAGAGGGGCUGUGGCACGGAUCGGCCCCCGCCCUGCCCCCGGGGCCUCAGAACUCAGGCCCAGGGCCACACAGCUCCAGACGGCCAGGCCCGGAGAGCCAGCUCCCUCGCCACGGAGACCAGGAGCUCCAGGCGCCUGCGACUGCCCCCUAAAAAGGACCCCAGGAAGAGGAGGGUGCGGGGUGGUGCUUGGAGCAAGGAGCUCAUCCACAAGAUCGUGCGGCAGAAGAACAAGCUCCACAGGCGCCAGGCCCAGCACGGCCUCUGUCCACGGGGGCCCCCGCUGCCCCCGCUACCCCCGAGGGCCCUGCCCAGCACCCGGGGUGGCAGGCUCACCGAGUGCACCUCCGAAUCCGAGGAGGAGUAUCCCCGGACACGGGGCCCUGGCUCCCGGGGCCCUUCCCACCAUGGCCAUCAACGGUGGCACCAAUGCAGGAAAAGGGAGGACCACUCACCCCAGGGCCCCAGGAAAGGCCUGAGGCACGAAGCCAGCGAGGACAGGGGCUCCCUGGCCCCCAUGGGGCCAUGCAGCCCACCAGGAGGUGCGGCUGCUGGAGGGACCACUGUGGGGCUGCGUCGCCAGCAUGCUGACGGCCCCACGGCGUCCCCUAAGCAUCCCCCACAGGUUCCUGCCAACAGCAAGAGCCCGGAGGAGAGCCACCCACCCUUGGACUUCCCCCAGAAGGCCCAGGAGCCUGCAAAAGCCGAAGAAUCAGCCUCCAAGCUCAGAGAGGGGUCCGUUUCUGCAGCCGUCUCUGUGGGAGAAAGCGCCAGGCCCCCAGCCCCAGAACCAACACAGCGCAGCAGACGCAACACCGACAGACCCCAGCCACCGGGAGGCCGAGCCCCCAUGCUGGCCGGCCAGAGCACGCCAGCCCCAGGCCCCAGAGAGGACUGUCCUGCUGACCAGCCAGGAGAAGCUCUGAGGCCCGGUGCCACCUACCCUGAGCCCCGCAUCCUGCUUGCUAAGAACGCUGAGGUAGGCUGUGACCCUGCUCACUCUGACAGAGACCCCGAGGGGGUCCCCCCUGCCAGCAGCAGUGCACCCAGCGAAUUACUCCUCGGACCUAGAGACCUCGAGGGCUGUUACCCCGGAAGCCUGUGCUCUGAGCCCUCAGCUCCCCAUGUGCAGAGGGCCAGUGGCUCCUGCCUCCUCCAGGACAGCAUGGACGCCCUUGAGCCCAAACCAUUGAAGCAUUCACCUGACGCUGCUGACGCAGACCUGGGGAAUGUCCCGUCACCACUGACCUUGGAGUCCACAUCCCUCUUUGCAGGGCUGCGUGAGGACGGAUUCGACCGGUCACUCUGCCAUGGCCAGUCCACAGAUGUGGACACCCACACGCCCCUGGCACAGGCCAACUCUCCCCCAGAGAAACCUCUGAUAGACCCACUGUACUCCUCCUUCUUACUGUUGGCAGAAGAGUCACCAGUGCUGCCCAGCCAGUUUCCUGACCCCUCAGGGGGAAAGUCCUUGGGUAAGAAGUGUCCCCACGAGUCGCUGGCACCGCCCAGCCCGCCCCACGUGCCUGGGAAGGGAAGUGAAUGUAGCCUCAGCAGCCUGUCGGAGGAUGAACUGGAAAUCAAGAGACUGGUCACCGAGUUGGAAAGCCAGCUGCAGAGGAAGGAGGGCACAGAGAGAGCCCCAGGGGAGCCCGGCGCAGUGGCCCCUGCGGGCAGCGUGGGCCCCACCCCAGGCCCAGAACCAGCCUCACCCCCCCGGGACACAGUCUCAACAGCUGACCUCACACGUCUUGGGGAAUCUAAUAGACGUGAAGAAGGUAUGGAGACGGCUGUAGCCAGCACGGAAGGGGCUUUGGGGAGCGUCCAGGGAGAGUGGCCUUGCCCAGCCCUUUGCCGCCCAGGAAAAGCAGUGUCUCCCCCAAGCACCCACAAAGAGCCUGAUUCUGGGGCUCCUCUCAGCCCCCCAGGAAGCAGCAUCAGUUUCCAGGCAGAAAAGGCCAGAGUCUCAGAGACAGAAGACGGCAGAGACCCCAGCGGGCAGCUCCUGCGUGUGGCCCAACACUCAGCCAAGUGCAGCCCAAAGCAGGAACUUCUAUUUCUUAAAAAUAAUGAGACGGUCAGGACACAGGGGACAGAGGACACCCCUCGGUGGCUUCCUUGUGGACAGAGCAGAGAGUGUUCCCCAGAACCCCCUAAGGCAGAGGGGUGCUGCCGAGGUUCUCCUGCGUGGGGCGCACGGGGCAACCCCAACCCCAUUGCCCGUCUGGCUUCUGACCUGGCAAUUCGAGGGGAUGGAGGUCUGCCUCCAGGUGCCCGUCACAGUGUCACCUCCGAGGGACACUCUGAGGGCAGAGCAGGAGGGUCUGAGGAGGCUGGGUUCCUCCCCUUGACAGCGGGGCCUGGCUUCGAGGGCAAGGGGGCCGCCCCAGCAGGGGUCUCUCGGCCGGCGGCACUCCUGGGUGGGGAGCCUCGGGACCCCCCCACGCCAAGCCCUGCGUGGGCACCUGAGGCCAGCCCCAGCAGGAGGCCGCAGGCCCUGGCCUCCCUCUGCUCCCAGCCACUCCAGGUCCUGGGGCCCAGCUUGCAGGGCUCGGCGGGGGCACUGCUUGCUGCUGCCUGCGGCUCUCCACACAGGGGCCCCCCAGGCCCCGGAGGGCACAGUGCGGAAAGCGGCCCCCCAGAGUGCAAGCAGGUAACAUCUGUCCCUGCAGCCACUGGACCACAGUUGGGGCCCGAGGCAGAUGGACAACUGGGCUUGUCUGGCCAAGCCAAGGAGCCCGAGGACUGUGGUGAGGCCCGCCGGCUUCAGUCGGCUAACUGGAGGAACCCAGCAGACCCAGAUAAGCUGGCCAGGCUCAGUGCCCAUCCUGGAAAGUCCCUGGCCAGGCCAGCUGGGGGCUCCCCUGAGCUCCUGGGGAGCCAGGCCACCGUGGGCCUUUGGGAGCAGACACAGCCCACUCCAGGCCCUGCCCCCUCUGGUGGGGCUCUCUCACUGCCAGCCCCGAUGGUGGCCCUCACCCAAAAGGCGCCUGAGGACAGAGCUCCCGAGGUGUCCAGCCCAGGCCUUGGCCCGCAGCCGCUGUUCAGCAGGGAGAGGCCUGCACCCCACUCCGGGAGCCUGGACACCCGUGACCCCACCUCCACCGUCAGGACCACCCCGACUCCCUGCAGCCUCGAGCACCUGGCCGGGGCCCAAGCCCAGCCGCAGGGGCUGCUCCCAGCAUCUGCCUCCUGUGUCCAGGGUCUGCCAUCCCACUCUGCUCGGGGCCAGGGGGAAGGGCCCAGCUGUGUGCAAGCCCCCACAGGUGCCGGAACCAGGGGGGACCUGGCAGCUCUUCCAUUUUUGACAACAAGCCACGGUGGCCCCCAGGAGAUUCCACCGGGCUGCCCUCUUCUGAGGGUCAGCAGCCCCCAAGACCCUCCCCACUUCCAGCCUGGCCUCGGUGCUGCCUCAACCCACACCUACAAGUGCUAUGGCCCCAAAGACAGCACACUGAGAACUCUAGAGGAUCCCAGGAGAGAGGGGCUGGGAAGGCCUCCUGCUUGUCACACCCUCCCUCCUCCAGGGGGGGCCAUCUCCCCAAGGGUGGUCACCCAGGCUGCUGGCCCCUCCAGCAUUCCUGCCGAAGAUGGCACAGAGGUAGUCAGAGGGCUUCUGCUCAGGGGGGCCACCUACCCUGACCCUUCCAGUGUGUCCGAAGGUCCCUCCUCAGAGCCCCCCAGCAACACCCCUCUCCUUGGCCAUGGGGAAGGGGAGAGCACCUCAGCUGUGCCCACCGACACCACCUCACCAGGGGCCACAGGGCCAGACCUCCACGCCUGCCUAGGAGGUGAGACGGGGGCUGGCAAAGAGGGAGAGGGGGACCCAGGGACACUGGGGGCCAGGCACCCUGGCACGAGAAAAGUUCCUAGAGGUGGCACCAGUGGCCCGGUCACCACCCCGCCUCCCUCGGGACUCGGCGAGGCCCAGGACAGCACUUCAAGCAGCACAGCCCGCGACCUCAGGUCCGAUUCCCCUCAGAACCAAACCAGUGUCCUCUGCCAGACACCCCAGAAGGACCCCAAGCAGAGACCCCGUGGCUUUAAAAAGAAGCCAGAGCCCACAGCCACAGGCCACCAGAAGAGCCCGCCCCCAGCCAGGCCUGGGCCACCUGUGACCUGUGAGAUCUGCUCUGCCCACUUCCGCUCCAGGCCUGGCCUGAACAGGCACAAAGCCAGGAAGCACCAGCCGGGCCAAACCGCCGCCUCCCAGCGCCGCCCCCCGGUCACGCCCGCUCGCCACGCUGCAGAACCCACUGCCCACGCCGGCAGGGGCCCUAGGAAGAGGAGCCACAGGGGGCCUGGGGGUGACAGACCGAGUGUCCCGCUAAGGAGCCCCGGCCACACCCCCGGGCCGUCUCCUGUGCAGGGCUCCACGGUGCCUGAGGACACCCUGGGUCCUGAGACCCUGGAGGAGGCGAGGAGCCCUGGGGAGCCCAGGACAUCAGGCUGCCCCCUCAACCAAGGCCUGGUGCCGCAGGGGCACAGCACCAGGGCUUCAGCCCCCAAACCCAGAAGACCUGACCCGCCAGAGGUGGGCCAGCCCCCUCCCACGCAGACAGAGAACAGAGACAGCUGGAGGCAAACUGCAGAGUGCACAGGCUCCCCGGGCAGCCCAGAGGGGAAGCUGAGUGAGGACGUGGGGAAACCACGGGCCUGGGAGGACAGCUCUGCCCCAGCCUCUGCUGACCCGGGUCUAGCGGGACGCGGCUCCAGCCCACCGGUGGCCAACCCCCUGGCCCCUCUGAGCGGCUGCCUUUUGCCAGAGGGAGAGCGAGAGGCCAGUGUGGGGCAGAUGCCUGGCUCAGCCACUCUGGGGCCGGAGGUGCUGAAGGACACGGCAGACACAGGCCUGGGGGUUCUGUGUGCAGAGGUGGCUCCAAAGUCACCCAGAAACCAGAGGCUCCAUCGGGGGAGGGCGCAGGGGCCGACGGACGGGGUGUUGCCUGGGGAGCUGCCAGUGGGGCGGAAGGGAGCCUCGGCCAGGUGGUCCCGGGGACGGAGAGAACCCGGGGCAGCAGGCCUGUGCAGAGAGGCUGCACGGGCUGCUGGGAGCCGGCCUGCAGAGGACAGCAGAGGGGCCCCGGGCAGUUCAGGCAAGGGCACCACGGAGGGGCCACUGGAUGCUCCGGAGGCCUCCGAUUCUGUAGGGAGCAAUUCCAUCAGCGGCCGCCCUCGGGGCCUCCCAGGAGCCCGGGGUGAGGGGCAGGGGCCGCAGGGCACUGCUCCUGAAGCCCAUGGCCCAGGACCUGGGGACCCUCCAAGCUUGCUUGAUGACGAGGUGUACUUUUCCGAGCUCUUCCCUUUGGAUGGCCGCUUCACUCGAAAGAAGAAUCCCCGAGUCUAUGGGAAGCGCUGCAAGAGGCCAAAGCGCCCGCCACCAACCGAGCCCCUCGGUGAGGGACGUAGCCUGCUGUGCCCCACCCACCUGCCCACAGACCUCAGCGACACGGGCUCCCUCUGCCUCUCCCUGCAGGACCCUUGGGAUGAUGAGGCCUUGGUGCUGCCUGAGCCCUUCCUCCUGGACGGUCUCCUGGGCGGCAAGGCACCUGGCCUUGACCCCUGGGCCCCCAGCCUCAGCCUGUGGGCCCCGGAGCCCGACAGGGAAGCUGACCCUGGGGAAGAGGCUCCCUCCUGCUGUGCGGAAGAAGCUGGGUCAGAGGCCAUCCCCGAGCUGCACCUGGUCCCGGCGGCAUGGCGGGGCCUGGACCUGCGGGCCCCCACCGACGAGACGGCCCUGGGAGAGGCGAGCCCAGAGCCCCCAGACCUGGAGAGAGAGCACUACGACAGCGGUCCUCCCGGGAGCGCCAGUCUCCUGCCGCUUCACACCAAAGACUUCGAGAUGCUCAGCGCCAAGCUGGAGAUGCAAGACCUGUGCUUCCUGGGACCCUGUGAGGACCUCGCAGGCCUCCUCAGCGCCAGUCUCUUAGACUUCAAGGCCGCAGCCAGCUCACAAGGGCCCGCGAGCGAAAGGACAGAGGGGGCAGCCGGGGCGGCACAGGCUGGAGGCCGAGAGCUGGCCCCUCGGGGCAGGAGGGCCUCCUACAAGUGCAGGGUGUGCUUCCAGCGCUUCCGCGGCCUGGGCGAGCUGGACCUGCACAGGCUGGCCCACAGCCCCUGCCCGCCGCCCACCUGCUACCUGUGUGUGGAGCGCAGGUUCUGCUCUCGGGAGCGGCUGCGGGAGCACCUGCAGCAGAGGCACCUGCAGGGCAGGGCGGGGCCCUGGGCCUGCGGCAUGUGUCUGCAGGAGGUGGCCGACGUCUGGAUGUUCAACCAGCACCUGCGCGAGCACGCCGCCCGCUUCGCCCGCAGGGGGCAGGCUCAGCCGUCCUCAGGGGGCCUGCCGGGCGGCCCGGAGCCGGAGAGCACCCACACACCCUCCCUGGACAGCACCCUGGCGCCGGGCAGACCCCACCGCGGCAGACACACCGUGGACAGGACGGGUGGGAGCGCCAGGGAGAUGUCAGAGGGGGAAAGAGAAGCCAAGAGGGACGCCGCCAGCGAUCCGGCAAAGCCCCAGGCGCAAGCCGGGUCCCUGAGCACCGACCGCACCAAGUCACGCCGUGGGCUGCCCAGCGGCUCUGCCACCGGCUCCACCAAGCUGUGCCCCAGCCUGGCCCCCGACCCUUGGCCCCAGGGCGAGCCGCUCCUGUCAGCCGGGCCCGCGCCCGCCGCCUGCAGGGACCCCUCCAGAGACUGCCACCACUGCGGGAAGCACUUCCCCAAGCCCUUCAAGCUGCAGCGCCACCUGGUGGUGCACAGCCCCAGGCGCGUCUACCUCUGUCCCCGGUGCCCGGGAGUCUACCCUGAGCCGCAGGAGCUGCGGGCACACCUGGGCGGGGCGCACGGGGUGAGGGAGGAGCGGGAGCUGCCCCACACGCCGCUGUACGCCUGUGAGCUCUGCGCCAACGUCAUGCACGUCAUCAGGAGGUCCUUCAUCUGCAGCUCCUGCAACUACACCUUUGCCAAGAAGGAGCAGUUUGACCGACACAUGGACAAGCACCUGAGGGGCGGUCAGCAGCCCUUCGCGCUCCGCAGUGUGAGACGGCCUGGGACCCCCAGGCAGAAGGCCCUGGCCCUGGAGGGCGUGCUGCCCAACAAAAGGCGAAAGCUGGCCCUGCCCAGCAGCCCCGCAACACCCGGCGUGGCCGCAGCCGGGCCUCUGCCCCUGGGCAGCCCCACCCUGAGCAAGGGCUCCCCUCCUGGCCUGCCCCAUCUCUGCCCGGAGGCGGCUCCCAGCACCUCUGAGGGGUGGGCCGACCCAGCCAGCCCCCCAGUCGGGCAGGACGAGCUGCCACCACGCAGUCAGGAGCUUCCACCCCCAGCUCUAUCACCUCUUCCCACUGCCUCAGCUAGUGGCAAAGGUGACCAGAGACUGGACCCCACCCUAGAGAGGCCCGAGGAUGAGGCUCAGCCCAGCAAGCAGCAGGCUCCCCCGGAGGAAAAGAGGGCUCCUCCCCCGUUCUCAGGAAGACACAGGAGCCUGGGGGCCCGCAGUAUGCGUGCCUCUGAUUGUUCCCCCGGAGACCCCUCCCAGCUCCAGAAAGAGAGGCCCGUGUCCACACCCCACAUGGCACCUGAGAGGGAUACAAGGGGUCCUUCCCUUAAGGGUGGCGCCACCAAGCCAUUGAAACACAGAACGGCAGCGUCCACUCCCAGCAAGGCGCCCAAGCUCCCUGUGCAACCAAGGAAGCCUGUGGGGGUGGAGAGCCCGGCCCCCAGAGAGCUGACCCAAAGCACCGAGGACAGGGCGAAGCCCACCUCCCCCAAAGCCAAGCCGAGAACCAGCUCCCAGGGCAGCAGGGGCCCAGGCCCAGGGGGUGGCAGCCAGCCCCAACCAGCCAGUGGGCGGCUCCAAAGCGAGACAGCCACCACCCCAGCAGGACCCAUACACCCUGGCCCAAACCCCACUUCAGACAAGCCCCCAUCUCGAACCCAAGCCAGGGGCUGCACCAAGGGACCAAGAGAGGCUGGAGACCAGGGGUCCCGGGGUCUCCCAGGUCCCAGGGAGAUGGAUGAGAACAGGGAAAAGAGGAGGCGGGGCCAGGCCACGGAACUGACCCCGCAUGAAGUUGUGGGGAACUUGGGCAGAGCCCCUCCAGCCCCCAACAAGCCCCUGCGGACCCCCAGAAAGCAGGCUACACCCAGCCGCGUGCUUCCCGCCAAGCCCAGACCCAGUAGCCAGGAUGGUAAGAUGAGGUCACAGCCCUCAGAGCAGCCAGAGGGGCACAGCCGUGCCCACAGGAGGGGGGCACUGGGCAGGUAUAGCCCCCAGGCCAGACCCCUGCUCAAGUCCCCCAAGAGGGGCAGGGCUGUCGAUGGUGCAGAAGCCACUGAGCUCCGGGACCACCGGACCGCAGAGUCCCAAAGCAACCUCCUCAGCCAGCUCUUUGGCCAGAGACUGACCAGUUUCAAGAUUCCUUUAAAGAAGUGCACUUCGGAGUAACCGGAGGCUCCGGCGUGGCUUGCUCUGCGGCCACCCUUCUUCAGUAUGACUGACUUUCCCCCGAUCAUCGCUAGGAGCCGAGGGUAGUGCUCCAGGCAGGGCGGCGGGACAGCAGCCCCUCGCUCGCCGGAAGGCCGCAGGUGAGGGGCGGGCAGCUGCGGCUCCUCGGUACCCAGCACUUGAAGGCAGAGCAGUCCAUGCUCCUCCCCAGCCCCGUGCCCUCUUGGCAAGGCGCCACCUGCUGUGGAAUGUGCUGGAAGAUUUGCACAGGGACCCUGUCACCUAGGGGAAGUAAGUGGAGGCCGGAGACCCCGAGUCUUGCUGCUGCUGCCACUGCUGAAUCCCGGGGGGCGGGGCCUUCCACUUGGGCCAUUUCUGAGCCACCUGGUCCCCAAAAGCACAAUAGGCCUCCUCCCUCUGGUCACAGGGUCAGGCUGGCCACCGGCCACACUGUGGAUGCUCCUGCUGCCCCUGGAUCCUGUUCUCUGCUGUCCAGGGGCUCAGCUCUCACGUUUCUGGUGCUACUUUCAAGUUGUAAUGUGAAUACAGGACGCCUUGACUUUAUUUGGACCAGGGGAUUGGGCAGGACUCCGGGUCAGGGAGGCUGGAGAGGCCCAGCUGAGGCGGCCUCCCAGCCAAGCUCCAGCCCGAAGUCCCCACAGCGAGGGACACCCUCAGGGCCGCGGGUGGGGUGUCGUCCUGAGCACUGACCGACCCCACAGGUGCACAAUCUGGGAGAUCGUGGAGUCCGAGGGGCUGGCGGGUGGAGGCUCGGGCUGGUAUAGGGCUCAGGCUCCAGGCUGCCUGUGAGUUCUUAGCUGGUGCAGUGUGUGUGUCAUUUUGACGUUUCAAAAGAGACCAAAUCAGGCCCAAACGGCCUCUCCAGAAGGUGCUGUGGGUCUUUCAGCAAGUUUUUCAUGUGGAUGGAGACGGUGGGGACUCUGAAGCCAUACUGUAAACAUCACAGCUGACUCAUCUUCUCAAAUAUAUUCCCACUA